AUGUACGGAGAAUUGGGCUAUAAGCUAGUCGUUCACGCGAAGCGUACACAGGCGCUCAACCAACUGCCACCAUAUCAAACAGACAUUGUUCAUGCUGUUACCCGAGAAGUUCGUGAUUUGCACGGGGACAUCGACGAGAUUACGAAAUCUUACGACGGAGACUUCAAUCCUUCAGAAGACCCUGCCAGAGCAUGUGCGCUUCUGGUGCACCAUCUAUGCAUCAGGAGGAAUAAAAGAUGUUUGCUAGCCUACCACCGGGUCAGGGCAGAAAAGAUCGAGCAGAUGUGUUGGAAUGGAAUGGAUGUUGCGGAACAAGCUCAAGCUGCUCGGGUCACCGAGGGGGACGACGAUGUCGCUGGAACAUCAUCCCAUGCAUUGAGCCCCGAGGAGGAUGAGUAUGCACGACAAUAUGGAGAUAUGUUGGCUGCGUAUAAGGGCCAAUGGACGGAUAUAGAUCUGACGGGGAGCCUUGAGCCUCCAAAGGACCUGUUUAUUGAUGUGAGAGUACUAAAAGAUGCAGGCGAGAUUCAAACGGAAUAUGGGGCAAUCACGCUAUCGAAGAAUAGCCAGUUCUUUGUACGGCAGGGUGAUGUGGAACGAUUGAUCAAACAAGGAUUUCUCCAGAAACUAAGCUAG